GGUUAGUUUUGUAAUUUCAUUUGUAAGUGCAAUUCUCGAAACUUACAACUGACUGUUUUGCUGCCGGCAUUUAUUCGGAGCUCCCGGGGCAGAGACGCCGGAUUGAUUCACGCCCAAUGUGGGGUUCUUCUGGUUCUCAGAGUCCGGACCCCAAAAUUGGAAGCAACUCAGGAUUCUUCCUCCGGCGAAGAAACUCCUGAUUCUCCACCACCACCGCCGCCGUCGCCGUCUCCGUCGCCGCCGCCGACAUGAAAUUGCCGUAUCAGAAUCCGUUCGCCGUCGCCGGAAAAUUGAUCAACUCACCAUUUCCACUUCUGAACCUCCUCUCCUACCUCUUCGUCUUCGUCACGGGGCUGACGUCGGGAGUAAUCAUCUGCUUUCAUUACAAGAGCUUCUCCUUCAACCUCCAUGUCUCCAACGGACAAUUCUCCAUUUUCUCGUCACCGUCGCUGCUGUCUCCGCCGAACAGAACCACCGUCUCGAAACCGACCGACUUGAUCGGGGCAUUGCUACAGUCACCCGCGGCGCACGGAAUGACCGACGAGGAGCUGACGUGGCGCGCAUCGAUGGCCCCCAAAAUCCGGGAGUAUCCAUUUAAACGCAUCCCCAAAGUGGCCUUCAUGUUCCUCACAAGAGGGCCGGUGACUUUAGCGCCGCUCUGGGACAAGUUCUUCAAAGGACACCAAGGAUUGUACACAGUUUACGUACACUCCGAUCCUUCUUACAAUGGCUCCGAGGAUGUCGGCUCGGUCUUCCAUGGCAGAAGAAUUCCUAGUAAGGAAGUCGACUGGGGAAACGUCAACAUGGUCGAAGCCGAGCUCCGGCUGCUGGCGAACGCUCUCCUCGACAUUUCGAACCAACAUUUCGUCCUCCUGUCCGAAUCUUGCAUACCACUAUACAAUUUUUCGACUAUCUACGCCUAUUUAAUGAACUCGACCCAAAAUUACGUCGAGGUUUAUGACUUGCCUGGCCCGGUGGGGCGCGGGCGUUACAGCACUAAGAUGAGGCCGGUGAUCGAACUCAACCAAUGGAGGAAAGGAUCGCAAUGGUUUGCGAUCGAUAGGGAUCUUGCCGUCGAAGUUAUUUCAGACAAGGUCUACUUCCCGGUGUUCAAAAACUACUGCAACCGGUCGUGCUACGCUGACGAGCAUUACUUGCCCACAUUUGUCAACACAAAGUUCGGGUCGAGGAAUGCGAACCGGAGUUUGACUUGGGUCGACUGGUCGAAGGGCGGGCCCCACCCGGCAAAGUUUAUUCGGACACAUAUCACUCCCGAGUUCUUGGAGUGGUUGAGGAGCAACAGCAGCUGUGACUACAAUGGUGAUAAAACUAAUGUGUGCUAUCUAUUUGCAAGAAAAUUCACAGCCAAUGCUUUGGAUAGAUUGUUGAGGUUUGCACCUAAGGCAAUGCACUUCGACAGGUAGAUAAGUAAUUAUUCUUUUUACAUGUACGAGGUUUUUGAAUUUGAUAUGAUUAGAAUCCCUAGUUAAAGAAAGGGGAUUUUUACACU